AUGAGGAGGCUGCAACGCAGUGACGGAAGCGGAAAGCUGGAUGAUUGUGUCAGCGAGAGAUUCCAGUUUUGUGCUCUGCCGAUCUACCACACCGCAAAGAUAUACUACUUCGGCUUUCAGCCGUUCAAAUUCCUCUGGGUCUAUGACGGGCUCAGACAUCCUGUCACGUUCGGGAAUGACCCGUGCGCAGAACGCGACUUAGGAACCGACGUUACAGAGCUGCAGGGCAUACCAGGCUCUGCUGUACUUAACCCCAAAGUGAAUCCAGAACCUGGACCUGAACCCAGCUGUGUUUCCUUAAAGAGUGACCAGUCCAAGGAUUUUUAUAACCAUUUUAAAGGACACAUUUCUCCUGCUGAGAGAGUGCAUGUUGAGAGCUCAGAGUUUCCUGGUGUUCAUUCUUCUGAGCACCAUCAACCGCAGCUGGACUCCAUAUUCAUGCUCCUCGAGGAGAACAUUGUCAUUUUUGUGAAGAAUGAACUGAAGAGGAUCCAGAAAUUUCUGAGCUCAGAUUACCCAGAAUGCUUGGAGACACAGAGGUGGUGUGAUGAGAUUAAGGGUGAGGAUGAAGAGCAGAGGAGAAGUAGCAGAGAGGCAUUUGUGAAGAUCACGCUGAACUACCUGAGGAGAAUGAAACAGGAAAAGUUGGCUGACCGUCUGCAGAACAGAACUACCAUUAGGGACUCCCACUGGAGUCAGUGUGAACUUAAAUCUAAGCUGAAAAGGAAGUUCCAAUGUGUGUUUGAGGGGAUCACUAAAGCGGGAAACCCAACCCUUCUGAAUCAGAUCUACACAGAGCUCUACAUCAUAGAGGGAGGGACUGCAGAGCUCAAACAUGAACAUGAAAUCAGACAGAUUGAAACAGCAUCCAGGAAGCAAGACAUUCUAGAACAUACAAUCGAACAAGAAGACAUCUUUAAAGCCUCGGCUGAAAGAGAUGUACCAAUCAGAACAGUGCUGACAAAGGGAGUAGCUGGCAUUGGGAAAACAGUCUUAACACAGAAAUACACCCUUGACUGGGCUGAAGACAAAGCCAACCAGGACAUCCAGUUCAUAUUUCCAUUCACUUUCAGAGAGCUGAAUGUGCUGAAAGAGGAAAAGUUCAGCUUGGUUGAACUUGUUCAUCACUUCUUUACUGAAACCAAAGAAGCAGGAAUCUGCACCUUUGAAGACUUCCAGGUUGUGUUCAUCUUUGAUGGUCUGGAUGAGUGUCGACUUCCUCUGGACUUCCACAAAACUACAAUCCUAACUGAUACUAGAAAGUCCACCUCAGUGGAUGUGCUGUUAAUAAAUCUCAUUAAGGGGAAUCUUCUUCCCUCUGCUCACCUCUGGAUAACCACACGACCUGCAGCAGCCAAUCAGAUCCGUCCUGAGUGUGUUGAUAUGGUGACAGAGAUUAGAGGGUUCACUGAUCCACAGAAGGAGGAGUACUUCAAGAAAAAAUUCCGGGAUAAAAAGCAAGCCAAAAGGAUCAUUUCCCACAUCAAGACCUCACGAAGCCUCCACAUCAUGUGCCACAUCCCAGUCUUCUGCUGGAUCACUGCUACAGUUCUGGAGGAUGUGCUGAAAACCAGAGAGGGAGGAGAGCUUCCCACAACCCUGACUGAGAUGUACAUCCACUUCCUGGUGGUUCAGGCCAAAGUGAAGAAGGUCAAGUAUGAUGGAGGAGCUGAGACAGAUCCACACUGGAGUCCAGAGAGCAGGAAGAUGAUUGAGUCUCUGGGAAAACUGGCGUUUGAUCAGCUGCAGAAAGGAAACCUGAUCUUCUAUGAAUCAGACCUGACAGAGUGUGGCAUCAAUAUCAGAGCAGCCUCAGUGUACUCAGGAGUGUUCACACAGAUCUUUAAAGAGGAGAGAGGACUGUACCAGGACAAGGUGUUCUGCUUCAUCCAUCUGAGUGUUCAGGAGUUUCUGGCUGCUCUUCAUGUCCAUCUGACCUUCAUCAACUCUGAAGUAAAUGUGCUGGUAGUACGACAAAUGACAUCAGAGAAGUUUAAUAGCAGCAACUGUUCUGAGAUGCUAGUUUUAUUCAAAAGUGCUGUGGACAAGGCCUUACAGAGCCCAAAUGGACACCUGGACUUGUUCCUCCGCUUCCUUCUUGGUCUUUCACUGCAGACCAAUCAGACUCUCCUACAGGACCUGCUGACACGGACAGGGAGUAGCUCACAAUCCAAUCAGGAGACAGUCCAGUACAUCAAAAAGAAGCUCAGUGAGAAUCUGUCUGCAGAGAAAAGCAUCAAUCUGUUCCACUGUCUGAAUGAACUGAAUGACCAUUCUCUAGUGGAGGAGAUCCAACAGUCUCUUAGAUCAGGAAGUCUCUCUACAGAUAAACUGUCUCCUGCUCAGUGGUCAGCUCUGGUCUUCAUCUUACUGUCAUCAGAGUCUUCAGAAGAAGGUCUUGAUGUGUUUGACCUGAAGAAGUACUCUGGCUCAGAGGAGGCUCUUCUGAGGCUCCAGCCAGUAAUCAAAGCCUCCAACAAAGCCCUACUGAGUGGGUGUAACCUCUCAGGGAGAAGCUGUGAAGCGUUGUCUUCACUUCUCUGCUCGCAGUCCUUUAAUCUGAAAGAGCUCAACCUGAGUGACAAUGACUUGCAGGAUUCGGGAGUGAAGCUUCUGUUUGUUGGACUGAAAGGUCAAAAUUGUACACUGGAAACUCUCAGUCUGUCAGGCUGUCUGAUCACAGAAGAAGGCUGUACUUCUCUGGCCUCAGCUCUGAGUUCCAAUCCUUCCCAUCUGAGAGAGCUGGACCUGAGCUACAAUCAUCCAGGAGAUGCAGGAAUGAAGCUGCUCUUGGCUGGCCUGAAGGAUCCAUGCUGGAGACUGGACACUCUCAGGGUGGAGCCUGCUGGAGUCCAAUGGUUGAGACCAGGUCUGAGAAAGUAUUCCUGUCAACUCACAAUCGACACAAACACAGUAAAUAAAAACCUCAUACUGUCUGAUGACAACAGGAAGGUGACACGUGUGACGGAGGUUCAGUCAUAUCCUGAUCAUCCAGACAGAUUUAAUGUGUUUCCUCAGCUGCUGUGUAAAAAUGGUCUGACUGGUCGCUGUUACUGGGAGGUCGAAUGGAGAGGACAGGUUUAUAUAACAUUAAGUUAUAGAACAAUCAGAAGGAAAGGAGAUGGUGAUGACUGUAUGUUUGGAAACAAUGAUCAGUCUUGGAAUCUGAGGUGCUCUGAUGAUGGUCCUCGUUCUGUCUUAUACAAUAAUACAGUAGCAUCCUUGUCCUCCUCUUCCUCUUCCUCCUCCUCCAUCUCUAACAGAGUAGCAGUGUAUGUGGACUGUCCUGCUGGCACUCUGUCCUUCUACAGAGUCUCCUCUGACACCCUGAUCCACCUCCACACCUUCAACACCACAUUCACUGAAACUCUUUAUCCUGGAUUUAAAAUCUUUCCUGGUUCCUCGGUGACUUUGUGCUGA